CGCAUGUUGCCUUGUUGAAGUUAAAUUGUCACCAACUGUGAUGGAUGCUUGAAAGCAACGUACCACUUGCUGCCUUGGGUGGGACUCGGGAGGACUUACUGUGAUGGAUGUCUGAAAGCAACUCACCACUUGCUGCCUUGGGUGGGACUCGGGAGGGGGAGCCAACAGAUUUAGACAGGGAUAAAUUUCAAGAAGGUUGCAAAGUCGGGCAAUUUGCAUCACUGGUCAUCAUGGAAUAGAUAAAUUUGAUAUGUGAUUUGGAGUCCGAACUAACAAACCAACAGCAACUAG